GAACAGCAGGUGCAAGUGGGUGCUUUUAGCUUGCCUCACCAUCUCGCGGGUCACCCAAUCGCUGUGCGUGAACGAUGUCGGUGCAGCUUCUCGGAAAGCGGGAGCUGAAGAGACUUUCUUCUGUGGCGAACAAUGGCGCUGGCGCGGGGUACUCAGGUUUUGCCAAAGGGAUGAUGGCAAAAAUGGGCUGGGCCGAGGGCCAGGGGCUGGGUAAGGAAGAGCAGGGCAGGUCAACGUACGUCCAGGUAAAGAAGAAGGACGACAACUCUGGCUUGGGCAAGGAAAAGGCGCAACAAAACAAAGUCAAUGACCAGUGGUACUUCAACGCCUUUGACUCCGCUUUGGCGAACAUGGGAGGCAAGAAGAAGAAGAAAAAGGACAAGAAGAAGAGAGACAAGACGGCUGACGGUGAGGGCGUGCCGGAAGCGGCAGCAGAGGCCACGACCAUGUACGAUAAGAUGUUCAAGGCAACGGGCGGGGCGCGAAUGGGAAUGCGAGCAAGGGCCUCCCAGAACGGCAAGCUCUCGCGCACCGAGGGCGGCCAAGAUGGCAUUGGUGGUGCGACGCCUUCGACCGCGCCCAACGGCUCUAUCAACGGCGCAAUAGGCGGGGAGGUGCAAGAGUCUUCAAGCCACAAGCGAAAACGUUCAACCGGUACGGAGGAGGUGGAGACAGAUGAGUCGCCGAAGGUGGUUGUGAAGCGAGAGAAGACGACAACAACGGGCGAGGAGACAACAGUAGUAGCGGUCAAGGGGGAUGGUGAGGCGAAAAAGGCUGAGACUGAAAGCAGCACGAAGGCCGAACGGAAACGUGAGAGGUCGGAGGCCAAGAAGGUCAAGCGAGCGGCCAAGGCGGCGCAGAACGAGGAAGCGAGAGUGCCAGUCGCGGUGAAGGAGGAGGAAAACGGCGAAGAAGAGGGGGCAUCAGGGAAGGAGAAGGAGAAGCCCCGCAAAAAAAAGCAGAAGCGAGCUAAGAAGUGCGCAUAGCCUCUUGCGAUGUAGGAUCUUACAUUCCUGUCUGGUCCAAACCAAGGUUAUCAUUUUUACCCCAAUUAGUGGGAAUCAUGUUCGGACAACAUGGAGCACCGAUCUCGAGAGCUCAUAAGCAUAUGGUCGUACACGAACGUAGGGGGCGCUGAGUGCCGUUGUUCUAGGUGGAAAUUGGCUUCGUCUUCAUCGUCCUUCUGUAGAUGAAGGACCCGAGCCUCGUUUUUAAGAAACAGGUUAACAUUGCACGAACACCUGCAUCGCGGCUGGUUUCGAACUCAUUCCCGUCACGUGGGGGGGCCAACUGUGUGCCUGCUGCGGUCCAAUCAGAAUCAGAGCGGGCGACAGCGAUGUUUUGGUUUCGAACCGUAGUAGCAAAGGAACAGCGCUGUCUGCUUGGCACGUUGGCGAAGGAACGGAACGAGAUUCUGUAGAAUCAGGGUGCUCCCUUCUCUGCUGACUAAGUUUCUUUCCUUCACGAAGGCCUAGUCUUCUGCGUUUGAGCAAGCCGAAACGGGGGUAGUGAAUGUUUGGCCGCAGUGUCCACAUCAACCGUGUCUACAGCAACACGAGUAAAUAGGCCCCGCUGCUCACGCGUUGUUCACGAUACGCACUCGAAACAAGGCGCCAAAACUUCUUGGUGCUGGCCGUGGACAAACGUGUAAAACACGAUGGUCGUUGGUGUAGGUGUUUUGUAUCGGGCGAGGCACAGGUCAACAAUCCAUCGCAGCGAAGAGGGGUUGAUUCGCACAACGAGCGGCAGAAACCG